AUGAUUCCUGUAUCACCUAAACAGUCAGACAAGUCUCAGUCAACUCAAUUUCUUUAUUCUCCAAUUUAUCAGAACCAGCCUGUCUCACCUUUUAAUGGUUUAUCACCUAAUUAUGGAGGUUAUCAAUCAUCUCCUGUUCAAAUAGUGUAUGUAAGUGAACCUCAAGCAAAACUAUUAUUUGUAUUAGGAUUUAUAUUUUGUUGUUUAUGGCCAAUUAAUGCAUGUUUAUACCGUCAUUCAACAAAUAAACAAAUUCAACAAUGGGUUCAAUUGUCUAUACUUUGUUUUUUCCUUUCAUUAAUUUUAUUUUCAUUAGUAAUUAUCUUUGUAGUUAUUGGAAUCAAUUAUGAAUUGUUCGCAUCACUUAAUUGA